ACGGCGUCGUACUUUCAUUUUCACUUUGACGUUCAGAUUAAUCCACUCACCACAUCCUAUGCGAAGUUUGUGGCAAUGAACUGUCUAGUGCAGUACUCAGACAGCGAAGAUGAAUUAUCCGAUAAGGAAGAUCCAGAUUAUAUAGGAAUGAAGCGAAAAAACCCAACGAACUUCAAAGUUUGCACAGAAAAUAAUAAGAAGUUGAGGUCCGGUGAAAUUCUACCCCUCCCAGAUUCAAUAAAAACUUUAUUUUCCUCUGGAAAGAAUCGUGAAGACAAUCCCGAGGUUCAUGAGGGAAGAAUUCGAUCUUUUGAACAUUUGGAAGGAAACUGGGCUACACACGUUGGCGUUUCAUAUGAUCCCGAUGAAAGAAUGAUUGAGUUGAUUGAUGAACUAUUGAAAUGCCUGAGGCCACUUGAAUUUAAACCAAUGAAAGAUCUUCAUUUGAGUUUGUCAAGAACCGUUGCAAUUCGUCAUCACUGGAUUCAGCCACUGACAGAUAGACUGCAAAGAAGAUUUAAACUGCUACCAAAAACAUGCUGUGAAAUUUCUUCUGUGAAGCUCUAUACAAAUGAUGAAAAAACAAGGACCUUUUUGUCACUGACUGUCUCUGCACCUGGAGAUAUUCUACAGCAAUACACAAAAGCUGUUGAUGAGUGCUUUGAGGAAUAUAAAUUACCAAAGUACUAUGAGAAUCCCUCCUUCCACAUUAGCAUAGGCUGGUGUCUUAAAGAUGUCAUCCCUCAGAUUAGCGAAGAAACACUGAACAAAUUGCAGGAUUUAGUUGAUAAUGCAAUGGAAGAAUAUCCAGAAUUACGGCUAUUCGCCGUAGAGGAGGCCAUUUGUAAAUCAGGAAACAAACAAUUCCCUCUGCCACUGUCCGAUUUCACAGGAGAUGGAUGAUGAAUCAAAAUGAAAGAGAUUGUUAAGUUAUCCCAUAGCAUUCCUUAGAUGUCAGGAGAGAGCUGAAAAAACCCACUGAAGGACAAAAACAGUUGGACAAGAAAGAUCAGUGCGGUGCAGAAGCUCCUCCCAAAACACCGUGAUACAUCUUGAUUCGUGAUGAGGUUUUUAGGAUUGUUGAAACAUCAAGUAAACAAAUAAACUUAAAGCUAUAAACCUAGCUGUUGUCUUCUUAAAAACAGAACAUUUGCUGGAUUUUUAGAAUUUUAUAGUCAGAAAAGUGUACAGUCAAGAGCCCUGUACAGAACGUUGGACCAAAAGAUUCACACAAGCAAUUGUGCUAAUGAAUGUUAGAAAUAAAGUGUAAUGUUUUGCAUUCAAGUAAAUACAGUAUCAAACAGUACACAGCUCACAAGAUAACCUUUAGAGUAACCGCAAUUCUAUUUCUAAAACACAAUAUGUUGCCAGACUAAAACUGUUCUAUACUGAAUCCCACAUGGUGCCAUGGUCGACCAAAUUAGAACUUUUAAAUUAUACCAUCUCAGAGACUGAUAAUGAUGGUCCAAUAUACAUCGUUCUAUAAAUUUGAUUUAAUGGUUCGAAAAAUGAUAAUUCAAAUGUUUUACAUUGACAGAGUAAUUGUUUUAGAAAGUGUGUUCUCAUUUUUACAAACGACGAAAA